AAGGAAAACAGGAGAGGAAAAAGACCAUUGCGUAAUUGCGCGGCUGCUUACGUAGUCGGAUUCGGAGCCUUUGGGAGGAAAUGGCAGAGAUCACCAGAAUAGAGAUAAGGGGUUACAAGAAGGAGAAAGAGGGUCGGGGGAGAAAGCUGGAAGCUGGGACCACAAAAUGUAAUGACACAGGACUGAAGACUUUUAUAAACAGUGCUAGUGGGUGUCCAAAUUUGAAAAAGCAGCCGAAAUUAGCUUUACAGAACGUGUUUUGUGCGCUUGUGCGUUGGUACUUUGGACCUGUGUAUGGUCAAAAGUUGAGAAACGGUUCCCUCCAAUGGGUUUUGGAGAGGCCAUAGGACAAACAACCUACAGGGUGAUAUGGAAAUGUAAAGCUGCAAAA